AUGCAACGGGAAUUGUCAUCAGAGGAGUACUGUAGAAAGAAGGAUGAGAAAUAUACCAAAAUCUUUGGUGUGAUAGUCUUAUCAGUUAUGGUUGUGCUUAUCAUAAAACUCUUCUACGCGUCAAGCACUGGAAACUGGAAAGAUGAUAUUUCAUUUAUAUUAGGAAACAAUGAGAGAGUCAGCAAUAAUUUAAGGGAUCAGCAAACAACAAGACCUGUGAAUCAAAAUUAUGAUAAUGAUCAUCAUAUUAUAACAUCACGAACCACUUCAAAUGUAAAUGGAACUGGUGGAGUGACUUUCACGAUCCAUGUUCAUCGUCCAUCGAACUCUCCUUCUGCACCUUUAGAAGAGCAAAUAAUAAAUACCUAA